AUGUCCAGAGCAGAAGAAAAGCCUGUUUGGGCUGGGAGAGAACGAAGUCAGUUGAACGAAGUCGGCAACAAGAGCCUUGAGAAUUGUAUUCGACGGGUGGAGGAAACCCUCGGUAGGCUCGAUAUUUUAGAAAAGGAACUAGCUCAGGUAUCCAUCGAGCUCAGAGCUGACAUGUCACAACUCGUUGCUGCGGUUGAUAAGGGGGCCGCUCAACAAGAGCAGUCAUCUCAAAGCCUCCGCACUUCACGUGAAGCGAGAGACAAUGAGACCAAAGCUGUCAGGACUGAGAUGGAAAGGCGGGUCGGAGAAAAGAAAGGAGAAAACCCUAAUACCCCAGACAAUAGGGGUCUUGAGUCGGAAGGACUUAUUCUACCUAAAGAAUUGCCAAGGCUUUCGUCAGCCGCUGGCGGUAUACCAGCACGACGGGAACUUACCAAUGGCACCGGCGCUGUGGCAGAUAGGCCCGAAGAAGCGAGUAAUAAACGGAGUAUGGGAGGCCUAGAGUGCCACGAUAUUCAGACAGUCAAGACACCAGAGGUUCAGCCAAAGUCUGAGCCAACUUGUCAACUAAAGCUCCAAGAAGUUCGGCAGGUCGACAAAAAUAUCAUGCCGCCCGGACAGCCUCUACCAGAGCGAGUUUGCGAACCACCUUCAAGACGUUGUUGGGAGCAACUUCCUGGGAAAUCUAGUCGAAGCCACAAACGACCGUGUGAGAGCCAACCUGAUAGAUUUGAUUCCUACGGAACGGAAGGUCGAGACAUGAGGUCUGGGGAGACUACAGCGAUGGAUAGCCUACAGCCAACCCCAGAUACGAAUCGUGUGGCCUCAUUCCGCGAUACCACGAUCAGUGGUACCUCUAGUAUUAUGCACAGUGUCGCACCAAUCGGGAGUUUUGAGACCCUUGAACGACAAGGACGUGAAGCAGAAGCCAUGGAUCAAAGACUGAGGAACGUGGCCAUCAAGGCAAUCCGAGUGGUGGACGUGCAUGGCGGUCGCCUAAAAGAGGAGUCUUAG